GAAUAGUUUGAAAUUAGUGUGACCAAACUGAAUUCAAAUUCAAUUAAUGGCAUAAAUACAUAUAUACUGAAACAAGUCGUUAGUGUGAUUAUUUUAAAUUACAGCAUCAGUUUUUAUGACACCCACAAAUGUAAUGUAGUAUUGCACCAUCUGUGGGCAUAGGUGGAGAUGAGCUGCGCUUUAUUCUUCCUCAACCCAACGACCUCCACAACUUUGUUUAAACACAAGUUGAUACAGGCAGCACGUCCACCGGUCUGUCUCGUGCAGCUGAUCUGCGUGAAAAUGAUUCAGAGAGGCGUCGACUUGAAUUGACAGACGGACAGAGAGCAGCUCAAAGUGUUGCAUCAAAUGGCAGCUAGCAACUCAGGUUUCAUGUCGGACUUGUCUGGAUGGAGGAUACUCUAAAAACGGCGUUAUGGCCAUGGAGAGCAGUUUGUGGAGUACCUGCGACUACAGCCACAAUGUCACCUUCUUUUACAACUGGGUGGGUAAGAAGAUCAGCGUAGUGUGGACGACACGGGACUUUGUGGUGAUCGGACUGGGCUUGACGGUAUGUUUCAUCGUAGUCCUGGCCAACCUGAUGGUGAUGGUUGCCAUCUCCAUGAACCACCGCUUCCACUUCCCCAUCUACUAUCUCCUGGGCAACAUGGCUGCAGCUGACCUGUUUGCAGGUAUCGCCUACGCCAACCUGAUGUUGAACACGGGCCCCUGGACAAGCUCGCUCACCAAGGAGCAGUGGUACAUCCGCGGGGCUUUGAUUGACAUAAGCCUGACGGCCUCUGUGGCCAACCUGCUGGCUGUUGCCGUGGAGCGACACCAGACCAUCAUCACCAUGCAGCUGCACAGCAAGAUGACCAAGCGACGCGUGGUGCUGCUGAUAGUCUGCAUCUGGGCUGUGAGCAUCAUCAUGGGCCUGGUGCCCUCGCUGUUUUGGAACUGCGAGUGUGAUCUGGAUGACUGCUCCACCGUCGCUCCUCUCUACAGCCGCCGCUUCCUCAUCUUCUGGGCAGUUCUCAACCUACUCACAUUCUUUAUCAUGGUGGCCGUGUACACUCGUAUCUUCAUCUACGUGAGAUACCAGACCUCGUACUCGUCUCGACACACCUCGGAGAUGCGGCACAGGCAGACUGUUGUCAACCUGAUGAAAACUAUCUUCAUGGUUCUGGGCGCCUUUGUAAUCUGCUGGAUGCCCGGCCUCGUGACUCUAUUACUGGACGGGCUGUUGGGUAAAGCCAGCCACGCCAACGCCUUUGAGAAGUUCUGUUUGGUGAUCGCAGAAUGCAACUCUCUGGUCAAUCCCAUCAUCUAUUCCUUGCGAGACGACGAGAUGCGGAGGACAUUCAAGUGGAUCCUAUGCUGCCUGUGUCGGAGAGGGGCCGACCAGCAGAGGGAGCUGUCACCUGUCGAGAUUGACCCACCACUGCCAGAGGUAGAAGAUCUUGGCCCUGUCCAGAAGUCAGAAGAUCGGGCCGUCCUUACGGAGAUCAACAGUAAAGAAGACUGUUGGACAAUGCCGGGGGUAUGAUGGCUGCAGGCCUGCAAUUCAUAACAAAUCUUGACUUUUACUUUGAUCUAACAGCACAUUGUGUUAAAUUCUUUGGUAUUUCUGCUGGACGUUAGUCAACUUCUGCCAAAUGACCUCUCUUCCAUGUUUGCUAUUGUGAAUUAAAUAUAAAGAUGCAUCUUUUGAAAAGGAUUUUAUCCAUGUUGGACAAAUGCUUUCGUUUCUCAGGAUCGUGACAGAUUCACAUAUUAAUCAUCAGAUGGUGCAAUCUCUCCUUUUAUUACGUUUGACUAUCACAAGAGCAUUUGUGACAAAUUAUAAAAUGAAACACUCCUAAAAUCUGAAAUCAAAUGAAAGAAAUCACACUAAAUCAUUUUAUUAAUUUUCUAAUAAGAACACUACAAUUUGUCAUAUUCUUCCUUUUUGUUUUACUCUUUCUAGAACAAUUCUAAAGUUGAGGUAUAAAAGGAGUUCAUACAGACUCACAAGUCUGAAAACAGUGGGGGUUAUAUACAAGAGAAAUGGAAAGACAGAGGUAGAGAGAGGGGUAAAUACAAGGGAAAGAGGGGAGAUACAAAUAUACUAAUAAAAACAAAGAAAUCAAAAAGGUUUAAGAAGCCAUUUGGUGCUGUGGAAGUCAUUUAGUCAUUUGCAGAAUCCAAA